CUUUGUGUUCUGUUCCUUAGUGAAAGAAGAAUCUCCAUGUUGGCUUGAAUGAUUGCAUAUUUUGUGAUGCAUCCAUCUCUCUGUCUCUAGACUAAUCUGAGGUGACAAACGCGGCCACAGGGUCGCUGGAUAAAAUGCGGCAAGGAAGUAAGAAAGCAGCUAGCUACAACGAUUCCUAUGAAUUUGCUAUCCAACUGUUGAUGGAUCAACUUACAAAAAGAUAAAGGAUACAAAAAUAUGUGUAAAUAGAAGAGGGGAGGCUGGGAGGGGAUUCUAUUGCUUAAUGCAUAUCAAAAGUGCAGAAGAGAACUCUUAACUGAUUCGAAACCGGAAACUGAUAUUGUCGGUUCGGUUUAGUCGGUUUCUGCCGAAUGCCUAGGACUAGUUUAAGUAAGGGAAACCAAAGGUCUUUGACACAUGUUUCUGAUCCACGUCAGCAUGAAAUUCUAAACGACGUUUCAGCGUAUCUUUUGUAUAACACUUUCGCUUCUAAUUAGGGUUUAUCGUUUGCAUCGCUCUUGCCACUAUCUCCGGAGUCUGUUUGAUUAGUUUAAGGAUGGAGGAAUUAAGCCAAAUCUUGAAGAACAAUAGGACCGAUGAUCUCACUUGGUUUUGCUCUCUCUCAGAAUCUGAACUGGAUCUGCUCAUCAGCUUAAAGCAGCUAGUCAUUCAACGCGCCAAAAUAAGCGGUCUCCAAGAUCUAGUAGCUGACCAAUUGGAUCUUAAGAUGCUCCUAGCUCUCGGGUUUGUGCUAAUGGAGUAUGUAAGAAAAAGGGUAGAAGAUGAUACUUCUCUUGACCCAAGUGUUGUUCAACAACUUAGCCUUUUGGAUAGUUGUAACUUGUUGAAAACGGAUGUAGAUGAUACUGUAGACAUUGAGGAGAUUCUGACUGAAAUCUGCAACAAGAAUUCAAAAAAGAAAACACGGAAAAGGAGUCGGUAAGCCUGCUGCGAUGUAGAAAUCUGACUGCUGGACAAGGAACAGCGAGAGGAAGAAAUCGGAAUGCUCAUCAGCAGGAGCACAAGACUAAUGAGUAUCAAGAUUAGCUACUUUGUGGUCUCUGACCACUAUUUUUUGAAACAUGUAAUUUUGAGGCUUGUUUGGGACAUAUUAGACUUGUUUUUGGGCUUUUUGACCAAAUUUUUUGGUUGUGUUCAGCCUACUCUAAGAUGUAAUUCAUAAUCGAGGCUCAAUUAGUACUUUAGUAGUCUUAGACCAUCA